AUGUCGGAUAUACCGCACCUCCUCUCCCUCCUCACGCCUCUCAACAUCCUCUUCGCCAUCGCCACCUGCUUAGCUUUCUCCACCCUCUACCAGUUCAUCUACUACCGCUUCUUCCACCCCCUCCGGUGCUUUCCGGGCCCCUUCUUCGCAUCCUUCACCCGCCUCUGGAUCGCUUACCACAACGUCCUCGGCGACGAAUGCGAGCUCGAGCUCGCUCUGCACCGCAAAUAUGGCCCUGUGCUCCGCAUCACGCCCACCCUCCUCCUCGUCUCCGACGCCACAAAGCUUCCCGAAGUCUACAAUCGCCAAGCCAACAAAAGCAACCAUUACAUCACUGGCAGCUUUGGCGAGCAAGAGAGUCUGUUCAAUAUGCGCGAGCAUAAAGUGCAUGCGCAUUUUCGCAAGAUAGCAGCGGGCCCGUAUGCGUUCAGUAAUGUGAAGAAGAUGGAGCCGUUGGUCGAUCAGCGGAUCGCGGGAUGGCUAGCUAAGCUUUCCGCGCUGUUCGCGGAUACCGGGAAGGAGUUCGACUUCGCGCCCUGGGCUGUGUACAUGGCGUACGACAUCAUUUCCGAGAUUGGCUUCGGUGCGCCAUUUGGGUUUGUGGAGAGUGGAAGUGAUGUCGGCGGAUUGAUUCAGGGCUUUCAUGAUGGACUGCUACCCUUUGGGCUGAUGGCACGUCUCUGGCCCCUUACCAAUUUCAUCAAGAAGACGCCGCUGGGGAAAUACCUCGUCGCUAAACCGUCUGAUAAUUCUGGCAUCGGGCAUUUGAUGCGGUUCCGGGAUAAGCUGAUCCAGCAGCGGCUUGCGAAUCUCGAGGAGGGCAAGAUCGAGCGCGUCGACUUACUUCAAACGUUCCUGGACGCGAGAGACGAUGAUGGAAAGCCGCUAGAUAUGGAAUACAUCAAAGCGGAGAUUUUGCUGGUGUUGCUCGCCGGUGCGGAUACGACAGGGACUGCGUUCCAGGCCAUGAUGGCGUAUAUCAUGAGCAGGCCGUCAGUGUACGAGAAGUUGAUGGCGGAGAUUGAUGAGCAGACGAGAAAGGGGAACUUGAGCGAGAUGCCGCAGUACGAUGAGGUGCUGCAGCAUUGUCCGUAUUAUGUGGCUUGUGUGAAGGAGAGUAUGCGCCUAUGCCCCUCAGCACCAAACAUCUUCCCUCGCCUCGUCGGGCCCUCCGGCCUAACCCUCAACUCCCACUUCGUCCCACCCAAUACAGAAAUCACCUGCAACCCGUGGCUGGUGCACCGAGACCCCUCCAUCUACGGCGCCGACGCGUGUGAUUUCCGGCCCGAGCGCUGGCUCGAAGACGAAGAUCAAACGAAGGUGUUCAACAAGUAUAGCAUGGUGUUCGGAUAUGGAGCGAGGGUGUGUUUGGGCAAAGACAUUGCGCUUAUGGAGUUGUAUAAGGCGCCUUUGCAGUUUUUUAGAACGUUUAGGCCGGAUGUGGAUAGCAAGAGGCCAGGGCGGUUUGUGGUGAAGGGCGGAGUGGGGUUUUGGGAGGAUAUGUGGGUAAGGGUUGAGAAAAGGGCGCAGCUGGCUUGA